ACCUUCCUAUUUACACAGCGUAACGUCGCGUCGUGUAGCAUGAUAGCUAGCCGCGGUAGCUAGCUCCCAGCUGACAGUAGAAGUGUCGGUCCGUUGUGUUAUUCCCCGACAGGGUUGUACAGUCGCAACGUGUACACCGGAGCUGACAGACACGCCUCACUGGACGCACGGAGGGCUGCUGGCUAGUAGCAGGGCUGUUAGCAUAGCAAGAUCCACGAAGAGGAGCCUGUUUGCAUUCCUCUACAGGUGCAAGACAAUGGAGGUGAAAAUGGAGCAGCAGGACGAAGACCUCACAUUCAGCAACACUGACACUAAUAGUAAACGCCCGGCUGAGGACAUGGAUGAGGAGCAGGCCUUCAAACGAUCACGCAACACAGAUGAGAUGGUGGAGCUGCGUGUGCUGCUUCAGAGCAAAAAUGCUGGUGCUGUCAUUGGAAAGGGUGGAAAGAACAUAAAAGCUCUACGCACAGACUACAAUGCCAGUGUAUCAGUCCCAGACAGCAGUGGCCCAGAGCGGAUUCUGAGUGUGAACGCCAGCAUCGACACUAUUGGAGAUAUUCUGCUGAAAAUCAUCCCAACUCUAGAGGAGUACCAACAUUACAGCGGGAUUGACUUUGACUGUGAGCUUCGCCUGCUGAUCCAUCAGAGCUUGGCAGGGGGCAUCAUUGGGGUGAAAGGUGCCAAGAUAAAGGAGCUGAGAGAGAACACCCAGACCACCAUCAAGUUGUUCCAGGAAUGCUGUCCACACUCAACUGACAGGGUCGUCUUGGUGGGAGGAAAACCAGAACGCGUCAUUGAAUGUAUAAAAGUUAUCCUGGAGCUGGUGUCAGAGGCUCCAAUCAAAGGUCGUGCUCAGCCUUAUGACCCCAAUUUCUAUGACGAGACGUACGAUUAUGGAGGUUUCACCAUGUUAUUUGAGGAAAGAGGCAGACGACCCAUUGGUGGGUUCCCUAUUCGCGUGCGUGGAGGCUUUGAACGAAUGCCCCCCGUUCGUGGCAGCAGACCCUUGCCUCCCUCCAGAAGGGACUAUGACGACAUGAGCCCUCGUCGGGGUCCUCCACCCCCUCUGAGCCGAGGUGGAAGAGGCGGCAGCCGAGCUCGUAACCUGCCUCUUCCCCCACCUCCACCACCAAGAGGAGGGGGAGACAGGUUUUCACAUGGCAGCUACCACAGCAGCAUGGACGACAGACCAACCGACAGGAGAAGCCGAGGAGACCGUUAUGACAGCAUGAGUGGAGGCGGAUAUGACAACAAUUCUUCCUGGGAGCACUUUCAGUCUGGUGAGUGGGGAUGGAUCGUCACUGUCCCGCUGUCUUCUUUCUUAACCCAAAACUGUUUUUUCAUGUUGUCGCACAAUUUAUUUAAAGACAAAAUCACCCUAAAUGGGCUCCCUCUUCUAACAGGUGGCAGAGGGUCAUACAGUGAUAUUGGAGGCCCGGUCAUAACGACACAAGUCACCAUCCCAAAAGAUCUGGCCGGCUCUAUCAUUGGAAAGGGCGGCCAGAGGAUCAAGCAGAUCCGCCACGAGUCUGGGGCAUCCAUCAAGAUUGAUGAACCACUAGAGGGCUCUGAGGACCGCAUCAUCACCAUCACAGGGACACAGGACCAGAUCCAGAAUGCCCAGUACCUGCUGCAGAACAGCGUGAGGCAGUACUCUGGUCGGUUCUUCUAGAAAGAAGGAAGUGAAGAAGAAGAGUGAAGCCAUGCUGCUGUACGGUUUGCUCCUUCUAUUCAGAGCCUACUGUCCUCUGCUUUGGGUAGAAGCGACCUCCUCCCCUCACUACCACACACUACGCCACCUAUCUGUGCAUUGGAAACCUUAUUUAGAGGAGUUUUGAAAAAUCUUAAAGCUGUCAAACAGCGAACACAAGGUCAACAACGUAUUUCUGUGCUGGUGUAAUUCUUUUUUUCGGGAGACUGUCGUGCUGUCAUUGGAGUAAACUCAUAUGUAUGAUAACUUUCGGUGUUGUGACCGCCCCCUGGCCCUUAUCUCCCUCAUUUCAGUACAGCAUGCAGAAUGUAAUCUUGUUUGUAAGGAACACUGUGUGAUUUUAGGUUGUUCCCUUUUCUUUUUCUCAAACGUUGAAGCACCCUCUCUAAAUGAAGAUGCAUGUUCUAAAGAAUGGGUAAAGAACCAUUUAAAUAAUCUUUGAUUUUUACACAACCCCCUUUUUCACUUUAAAAUGAAGUACCUUUUGUAAAAUGGGCUUUAAAGGAAAUGUUUGACAUUUUAGGAAAAUGUGCUUAUACUCUGAGGCAGUUUUUACAAAGAUAAAAUGUGUUCCUCUGGAUGCUACAGUCAUCCAUUUCACAAAGCAGCGCCUGCACAGAGGUUUCUGAAAACCUGUAUCGCUUGUCAACUGCAUAAUUUAAUAAACAUUGCAGGUUAGCUGGGUUGAGAUCCGGCAACUGCCGAACAUGUUC